AUGUCGGCCCUCGAAGAGAAGCAAGGCAUGAGCACGAUUGACAUGAUCCAGGAGAAGGGUUCCCAACAGAACGAUAUCGCCGAAGUAAAGAUUGUCAAAGGCAGUGAAGCUUUCAAUGCUGCCCUUAUCGAGGAACCAACACGACCAUGGGACCCCACGACAUGGCGACUGAUCGGAUGUCUCCUUUUGGGAUGCUUCUGCCAAACCAUGAACGGCUUCGAUGGCUCUCUCUUCGGCGGGUUGACUGCGAACAAGAGCUUCCUGGCGUUCUUCGACGGCGCACCCGAUGGGCCCUGGGCGGCUAUCAACAGCGCCAUGUACCAGAUUGGUGGUGUCUGCGCGCUGCCAUUCGUCGGACCUGCUGUUGAUACAUGGGGCAGAAAGGUGGGCAUGCAAAUCGGCGCCUGGCUCAUCAUCAUCGGAACAAUUGUCAACGCUACGACUGUCUAUCACGCAAACAGCGAUGGCCAACUGAAGGGUGGUCGUUUCAUCCUGGGAUUUGGUGUUAGCAUUGUCUCCGCUGCAGGCCCGAUCUACGUCGUCGAAACAGCUCACCCAUCGUGGCGAUCAUUGAUUACUGCUUAUUGCAAUACCUUUUGGUUCACGGGCUCCAUCCUCUCUGCAGGUGCGGUACGUGGUGGACUCAACCUGAUGGGCAACAGCUCUUGGCUCCUCCCGAUUUGGCUGCAGCUUGUGUUUCCGGCCCUGAUCGCGCUCUUCGUCUGGACCAUUCCAGAAUCUCCUCGCUGGCUCUACGUCAACAACCGGCGUGAGCGCGCGACGCAGGUCUUGACCAAGUGGCACGGCUACGGCAACCCUGAGUCUGCUUGGGUCAAGCUCCAGCUUAACGAGUAUGAAGAGUUCCUGAACACCAAUGGCGCAGACAAGAGAUGGUGGGACUACCGCGCUUUGUUCGGUACCCGGUCGAGCUGCUACCGACUAGGCUGCAACGUCGUCUUCUCGAUCUUCGCUCAAUGGGCGGGCAAUGGUGUCUUGACAUACUUCCUGCCGGCUGUGUUGAAGACUGCAGGCUAUACCGAGGAGAUCCAACAAGCCAACAUCAACCUCGGCUACGCUUGCUUCCAGUUUGCAUUCGCGUUGACCGGAGCUGCAUUCGUCGAGCGGAUCGGCCGCCGUCCGUUGUUCCUUGGCUCGAUGGCUGGAUGUUGUAUUGUCUGGAUCGGAAUGACUACGGCCUCUGCGGUCUUCAACGAGGGCGGUAAGACAAAUGGCAGCGCUGCCCAAGCCACCGUGGCCAUGAUCUUCAUCUUCGGCGCGGUGUUCUCAUUCGGUAUCACUCCACUGCAAGCGUUGUACCCGGUCGAGGUCCUGUCCUUCGAGAUGCGCGCCAAGGGCAUGGCCUUCUCGAGUUUGGCUGUCAAUGCUGGAAACCUUCUCAACCAAUUCGCUUGGCCAAUCGCUCUGGCGGACAUUGGCUGGAAGACUUAUAUCGUCUUCAUCGUGUGGAAUGCAGUGCAGACCACAGUCUUCUACUUCUUCCUGCCAGAGACCAAAGGACGAACGCUCGAAGAGCUUGACCGUAUCUUCGAGGCCAGGAACCCAGUCAAGGCCUCGAUCCAGCGGAAGAAGAUCGCUGUUGCCAGUGAUGGUACAGUGCUGGCUACCGAGGAGGCUUGA